AUGGGUCAAGCUAAUGGUGUGGUUGAAGAUGGUCAGGGUCAAGCUAAUGGUGUGGUUGAAGAUGGUCAGGGUAUAUUUAAUGUUGUGGUUGAGGAAGCUAUUGAGGUUCCUAAUGUGCAGGUGCAGCAGGUUAGACCAAUUUCAGAUAUUUUGAAGAGGAUAAGGAGAAGAAAGUCAGAGAGAAUAUUGAACAUCAGAUUAGGAAAGACAGUUGGUGGUGGUGAUGAUCCAGGAAAUUCCAAGGGAAAAACUCUUAUAAUUGAUUAG